UCUUUUCCAGUGCGUUGUUUCUUUGCGGACAGAAACAAUGCCAGAUCCAGCGAAAUCUGCUCCUGCUCCCAAGAAGGGGUCGAAAAAGGCUGUUACAAAAGUACAGAAGAAGGACGGCAAGAAGCGUAAGCGCAGCCGAAAGGAGAGCUAUUCCGUUUACGUGUACAAGGUGUUGAAGCAGGUCCACCCUGACACUGGCAUCUCGUCCAAGGCCAUGGGCAUCAUGAACUCCUUCGUCAACGACAUCUUUGAGCGCAUCGCUGGUGAAGCUUCUCGCCUGGCGCAUUACAACAAGCGCUCCACCAUCACUUCUCGGGAGAUCCAGACGGCAGUGCGCCUGCUGCUGCCGGGCGAGCUGGCCAAGCACGCAGUGUCCGAGGGUACCAAGGCCGUCACCAAGUACACCAGCUCGAAGUAAGAGUGCACAAAGAAUGCGAUAGAUCAACUACUUUACCCCAAAGGCUCUUUUCAGAGCCACUUCAGUUAUCGGAGAAAAUGGCUGUAAACACAAAGGGGUUGUUAGCUUUUGUUUAGGUGCGAUGUGACAGUAGUCACGAAUACAUUUGGGUUUAGGAUUAGGAAACUAGUAUUACCCAAAUGAAUGUCUCAGUAAAGUCCCUACCAAGUCCUAGAUGGAAGCUUUGGUAUAAUAGCUGGGGAAAUAAGGUUUGGUUACCCUUUGGAAGAGUCUUUGGGAAGAGGCGGAGAAAUGUCAAAAGAGUGUGUUUUUAGUCUUCACUAGU